CGUCACUGGCAGUUUCUGGAGUCACUUGCUGGGCUGAGCCUAAGCCUGCCCCACUACCAAGAUGAUCCUGCCUCUGCUGCUUGGCCUUGAGGGGCUCCUUGGCUGGGGGAUGCUGGGGGCCUGGGCUCAGGCCCCUGGUACUAGUUUCUCUGAUCUACACACUUCCAGGUCACCUCGCGUCUGGAGGGCAGAGGCUGAGGACACUGGCAGGAACCCCAUUGGACGUAACUGGUGCCCCUACCAGAUGUCGAAGCUGGUCACCUUCAUAGCUGCUUGCAAAACUGAGAAAUUCCUCGUCCACUCGCAGCAGCCAUGUCCACAUGGCGCUCCAGACUGCCAGAAAGUCAAAGUCAUGUACCGCAUGGCCCACAAGCCAGUGUACCAGCUCAAGCAGAAGGUGCUCACCUCUGUAGCCUGGAGGUGCUGCCCAGGCUUUGGGGGGCCGGAUUGCCAGCACCAAGAUUCCACAGCGAUCUCCAGGCCUAAAGAUCCAGGUGAUGGCUAUCAGGAGCCUAGGGACGGGACGGUCAGCGUGGAACCUGGCCACCCAGUUGCUGAGAUCAGUGAGGUUAAGGUGCAACAGGAACUGCAGGAACACCUGCUGGGAGAUCUGCAGAAUGACAUUCACCAGGUGGCAGACAGCCUGCCAGGCCUAUGGAAGGCCCUGGCUAGUAACCUCACAGCUGCAACAAUGGAGGCCAAUGGAACGCAGCAGCUGGAGCUCCCAGGUAGCUCCUUGGAGCAAGUGUUGCUGUCCCACACAGACACCUUCCUGCAAGUGCACUUCAGCCCCAUCUGGCAGAGCUUCAAUGAGAGCCUACAUGACCUCUUCCAGGCCAUAAGAAACCUGUCUCUUGAUGUAGAGGCCAAUCACCAGGCCAUCAAAAGGAUCCAGGACAGUGCCGUGGCCAGGGCUGACUUCCAGGAGCUUGGUGCCAAAUUUGAGGCCAAGGUCCAGGAGAACAGCCAGCGGGUGGGCCAGCUGCGGCAGGAUGUGGAGAACCGUCUGCACACCCAGCUUCUCUCCCUGCACCACUCCCUCUCUGAGGUCCAGGCUGAUGUGGACACCAAGUUGAAGCGGCUACACAAGGCCCAGGAGGCCCCAGGGACCAAUGGCACCCUGAUUGUGGCAGGGGCAGGGGCUGGGGCAAGGCCAGAGCCUGAGAGUCUGCAGGCCAGGCUGGGCCAGCUGCAGAGGAACCUCUCAGCACUUCACGUGGCCAUGGGCAGCAGGGAAAAGGAGCUGCAGAACACCCUCCAGGACAUGAGGGCCACCCUGGCCCGGCAUGUGGAUGAGAUUAAGGAGCUGUACUCCGAAUCUGACGAGACCUUCGAUCAGAUCAGCAAGGUGGAGAGGCAGGUGGAGGAGCUGCAGGUGAACCACACGGCGCUGCGGGAGCUGCGGGUGAUCCUGAUGGAGAAGUCCCUGAUCAUGGAGGAGAACAAGGAGGAGGUGGAGCGGCAGCUCCUGGAGCUCAACCUCACUCUGCAGCACCUGCAGGGCGGCCACGCCGACCUCAUCAAGUACGUCAAAGACUGCAACUGCCAGAAGCUCUACUUUGACCUGGACGUCAUCCGGGAGGGCCAGAGGGACGCCACGCGCGCCCUGGAGGAGACCCAGGUGAGCCUAGAUGAGCGGCGCCAGCUGGACGGCUCCUCCCUGCAGGCCCUGAGGAGCGUGGUGGACGAUUUGUCGCUGACCGUGGACGCCCACAAGGUGGAGGGCGAGCGCGCGCGGACCAGCACGGCGAGGCUCCGGAGCCAGCUGCAGGCGCUGGACCGUGAGGUGGGCGCGCUGAAGGCGGCGGCGGGAGAGACACGGCGCGAGAUGCGCCAGCUGCACAGCUCCUUCGCCGCCCUGCUGGAGGACGCGCUGCGCCACGAGGCCGUGCUGGCCGCCCUCUUUGGGGAGGAGGUAAUGGAGGAGAUGUCGGAGGAGGCGCCGGGGCCGCUGCCCCUGCGCUACGAGCAGAUCCGCGCCGCCCUGCAGGACGCCGCCAGCGGGCUGCAGGAGCAGGCCCUGGGCUGGGACGCGCUGGCCGCCCGGGUGGCCGCCCUGGAGCAGGCCGCGGGUCGCGGCGCGCACCCUCCACGGCUGCCAGAGCGCCUGGAACCCAGCCACGACGCGGGCGCGGAGCAGGCCGGUGCCACGGCCCUGGCCGGGCUGGCCCAGGAGCUCCAGCGCCUGAGCGCCGACGUCGAGCGCACCGGGCAGUGCUGCGCGGCCUCCGGGGCUGCCUCCGUCAACGGCUCCCUCGAGGGCCUUCACGACGCACUCAACGCCACUAAGCACAACUUGGAACAACACCUGCGCCUUUUCCACAGCCUCUUUGGGAACUUCCAAGGGCUCGUGACUGCUAACGUCAGCCUAGACAUGGGGAAGCUGCAGGCCAUGCUGAGCAGGAAAGGGAAGAAGAGGCAGAAAGGCCUGGAAGCUCCCCGGAAGAGGGACAAAAAGCAGGUGGAGCCUCUGGAGGAUGCACAUGUCACAGGGCCGGCACAAGGUUCCUUGGGAGCUGAGCUCUGGGAAGCAGGCGCUCCUGUGGCCUUCUAUGCUGGAUUUUCAGAAGGGACAAUUGCCCUCCAGACAGUGAAGUUCAACGCUACAUACGUCAACAUUGGCAGCUGCUACUUCCCUGAACAUGGCUACUUCCGAGCCCCUAAGCGUGGUGUUUACCUCUUUGCAGUGAGCAUUGAAUUUGGCCCAGAGCCAGGCACCGGGCAGCUGGUGUUUGGAGGUCACCAUCGGACCCCAAUCCAUACUACUGGGCUAAAGAGUGGAAGCACAGCAACCACUUUUGCCAUAGCUGAGCUGCAGAAAGGGGAGAGGGUGUGGUUUGAGUUAACCCAGGGGUCAGUAACUAAGAGAAGUCCAUCAGGCACUACAUUUGGGGGCUUCCUGAUGUUCAAGACCUGAACCCUGGGUCCAGCUCUGAUCAGACAUCAUGGACUCACCCAGCUCUCCUUGGCCUGGGGCUCUGGCAAGGGAUAGGCUGGAGACCAUCAGGUUGGGCUAGCUCCCGCCUGGAAACUUUCUGCCAAGACACUGUAGUGUAGGUGGGCUCUCUCUAGCUGCACUGAGUUUGGUUACUUCUCAGUGAUGAGGGCUGGAAUGCUUCUUUGGCGGGACCUAGUCCUGGGAAGAGCAGACCCUGGCUUGGCAUGUCUCCUCAGUUGGGCGACUUGGUUCCUCCUCUCAGCUACUCUCUGAAUUCUACAACUUUAGUGUUUUGUUCCUCCUGUGGUUGGAAACUUCUGUACAAAACUUUUAAUGUUUCUCUUGCUGCCUCUUCUCCCUAAUCAUACACUAGAAAAGCCAUUCUUUCCCAGAAGGAAUGUUUAAAAGGGAGGUGACAUUUUGGGGCCAAUAUUGGAAACCAGUCUCCGGCCACUACCCCUUUGAUCUCUGUCAGUCAGAAUUAGAGACAAGGGACUGGUUAACUAAGGAAGAGGAGAUCAGUACCUUUUCUCUAUUUCCAGUCAUUGCUUGUAUUUAUCUGUAAUUUCACAUCUUUGUCUCCUUGCCUCACACAGGGUAAAGGCCAAGCAUGAACUAAAAUAUGUACAUGUACAGCCUUCACCUUUUUAUUAAUCCUCCCUCCAGCAUCUUACAACCAUCCUAAUUCUUGUCAGCAUCUCUAACCAGGAAAGGAGCUGGGGGAGAAAGUGAAGGAAAACCAGAAAUCUCCCUCAAUAAUGAUCAACUUUGGAAUAAAGCAGUGCUCUUCGAA